AUGGCUAACUCCAGGGUGUUCCCGCUCCAGGGCCUGAUCCGCCGUAACGCGGUCUACCUGACCACCAUCUUCGCCAGUGCUUUCGCCUUCGAGCUGACCUUCGACACUGCCUCCAACAAGGUCUGGGAUUCUUUCAACCGCGGCCGCCAAUGGAAGGACAUCAAGCACCAGUACCUCAACAAGGCCGACGAUGAGGACUAUGAGUAA